UCAGUUGUAAAAAUGGAGAAGAUCAGCGAUUUAAUUUUGGCAAGCUCAGUAACAUGUGCUGGAAAAAAUAUAUCGGACGUUAGUUGUUCUAAUAAUCAAUAUAUGGUGAUAAAAGUUGCAGAAUAUCGUGGAUUGCGAAAAGGAAGCAUUUGUGGUUUAAGUUUUGAUUACAAUUGUAGGGUCGAUGUAACCUGUUACCUUAAAAAUUACUGUGAUGGUGAAAGAAAUUGUAAUAUAACGGUUGAUGAUAAUCAUUUUCCUUCAAAUAUUAGUCCUGGCUUGGAAAAAUAUCUUUACUUUGAAUAUCAAUGUAACUACACAAGUAUGCCAUACAGAGAAAUUUGCAAUCUUAUGGAUGUACGCCUGUCUCAAUCGAAUCUUCCCAAUGAAGGUGUCGUGAAUGUUAUUACCAAGUUUCGAAACUUCACCAUAUGCAACAACAGUCUUUUGCAUAAAAUGAAGACGAUUAUCUGUAAACAUCUUGGUUAUCCUACCGCAGCACCUUGGGAAGGCUCAAUGUCACUAUCAUCUUUGACGCAUCAAUCGUUUAUACCUGGAAAUGUCAAAUGUGAUGCUCGAGUGAAUGAUUUAUCUCAAUGUGCUAUCAUUCAAAAUAAUGAUUGCUCUCAAUACUCGUACGUUACAUGUCAUGUUUGUGAUAAUCCUCUAUUAAAAAACGCAGAAAAAUUCCCAGAUUCUUGGUUUACUGCCUUCCCAAAGAGUCGUAGUGCUGCUAAAGCAAGAAUAUCAAGUGGUAGUUCAUGGUGUGCUCCUGCUGCUGAUGACAAUCAUUAUCUUCAACUGAAUUUUCCAAGUCUUUAUACAGUUAACGUUAUCGCAAUCUUUGGAGACAGUUCAAGUUCAAGCUUUGUAACUAAAUAUCACUUGCAGACAAACAUUGAUGGUGUGAACUGGAAAUCUGAAAAAUCCCAAAAGAGUUAUCUAGGAAACAAAACUGGUUACAAUGAUGCCGCUAUAGAAAAGAUUUCUGGCGGCCUUAAAUCCAAAGCUUUGCGAAUCUUUCCAUUGAAAUUUGUUGGUGCACCGUGUUUACGAAUUGAAGUUUGUGGGGGAGACUUACUCCCAGACAAACCAACAGAUCUCAUUGCAACCAAAUCUGCAUCGACGUACCUUGAGAUAUCAUGGAAACAUCCCAAAAAAACUGGUGUAAAACUUGGUACAAAUAUCUCGAAUCCUCUUACAAGUUAUCUAUUGAUUUUGCUGAAGGAUACUAUGAUUGUUUUUGAUAAAACUUUGGAGGUAACUGACAAAAAACCGUACAACAUUACGAAUCUUGUUCCUUACGCAACGUAUAAAGUUAAUGUAACUGCUGGCAAUUCUGAAGGCUUUGGUAGAUCAACUACAGCUACUUUUAGAACUGCUGAAGAUGUUCCCGAAGGUCCACCUUUAAAUGUUGAAAUUGUCCCCGUCAUUACUUCGUUAAUAGAGAGUUUACGUUCCACUGUUUUUCGCGACGGCGACGUCUUGUGUUUCACAACGCCGGCGCAAGCGUAUUUUUAG